AUGUUCGGUUCAAUUGACGCUCUGCUUGGAGUUCGUGAUAAUUCAUUGCUGUAUUUUUCAUCAGAAGACCAAAAUGAGGAUUCAUCGGUGCUGAAAACAGUGAAGAAAAAUUCUGCAAUUUCUGACAGUAAAGGACAGGUGUCGAAAUGUACCGAUCGUAUGCCACAUAUAUUUCAGUCAGGAUCAUCAAGCGACUGCAGUAAAGAUUGCUGGAAGUUGCUUGAAAAAUCGCAGAAGAUACCUAAAUCUGAAAAAUGCGAUGAUAUGCAAAAGUCUUUCUCCAAUGAAAACAAUGUGGCACAAAACAAACUUAUGGAUUCAUCUGCACAGUCUUCAGCAGUUUCAGCGGUACCAUCGGUCUCUCGAGAUACUUCAGACAACGCCCAGUCUAAAGCGGUGGUAGACUGUAGUCAAUCAAAUAAUCUACAGUCGGUGAUUGCUGCCGCAGCAAAAUCAGAUUCUUUAAAUCGCUUCAGCAAUACGGUAGUGUUUGAGCAGUUACCGUAUCCAAUGCUACACCCAAAUAGCGUUUCGCUAUUUUGUGAUCCAAUCGCUUUUACGUGUAAGUAA